CUAGCAAGGGAAGCGGUCGGAUGUCUGGGCCCAUCGGAAAGGAGACCCCGCUGCAGGUUUAACUGGUAAUUGUUUUUGACGAUCCAUACGAACAGCUUAAACCGAUGCCCAUAUCGGCGAUACGUGGCAGUCUCCGCAUUUGUGUUGACAUCCGCCGUACGCGGGGUUAAUAAAAGGACCAGUAGGUCUGUCUAAUUCAGGCAAGUAGACAGACCUACCCUACCUAUCGGGUGUCAGUCUUUCGAGUCGGCGACGCGUCGAACUAGCUUCCGGCGUCAACGGCGAGAUAGAAUGCUAACAAUCCGACGUCUCAGAAUUAUUUGUGCCUGCCUGUUCAAGUUGGACGCUUCGCAUGUCCGGAAGCUGUAGAAUAAGAAUAUCGGCCAGAUGUUGGCGUCAUGCUUUCUAUUCUCUUCCCUUUGCUCGUCGACUAUUGAUUUAGGAUCUAACUUCGGAUCUCGACUCGCAGCUUGAUUGCAUCAUGGCUUCCUCUCCUUGGAUCCCGACCAGUCAAGAGGUGUAUUAUGCGAUGCCGUCCUCAAGUCGCACCAGUACGACGCAACCCUCUCGUCGACCUCGGUCACCUGUCUCCUUGUUCGCUGCGCCAGACAUGGGCCAGCCAAAGCAGCCUAAACCGCUGGUAAAAAUUGAGAAGAAACCCAAGAAGAAGAAGACAAAGGCACCCCCCGUUGUCGCGUUCUCUGACACGUCUUCAUGCCAAUCAUCUCCAACAUCGUUUUCCCGGAGUUCGCACUCUGCGUCUCUCUCAUCGAUGUCAAGCCGCGCCCCAUCAUUAUGCACAACGCACUCCUCUCGGUCCUCCAUUUCUCUUAAACCCUUCUUGCGUCGUAUUGGCAUUCGACGCAAAAGAUCUGCUACGUCUUCAUUGCCGCCAGAUGACAUCCCCCCAGUCCCUCCGUGUCUAAUCAUACCAAUCAAAGAACAGACACUAGUAGUGGGGCAGAAGAUCAUUUCCUCGUAUCCGUCUACCGGAUCAUCCUCGGAUAGUUCCUCCACAUAUUCUCGCCCGUCGCCCAUUAUCGUCGACGCAGCGAUGCCUCUGAAGAGGCCAAUUACAGCCCCGCCAUCGCCCUCCGACUCAAUCCAAAGGAUUGUACCAGAACCGUGGUUAGCUCACGCACCACCCUCGAUUAACCAUCUUCCGAAGCGAUCUGCCUUAGGGACUGCGAACGGUCAUCGCCCAACCCUCUCACGCCAAUGUUCUUACGACUCUUCCCUUUCCUACGGAGACACGCCCUGCCAUUCUCAUCGUCGUUCUUUGUCAUAUGAUUCCUCUCCGCUACGCACUCAAUCUAUUCAAUCCACGCUCCUUUCACCCUCGAAUAUGCAUCCACCUUCUUCUGUGUUAGAGAGACGCAAUCGCAACGUCCGAAAUCUCUGCAUCGCAACAACCAACUCUCAGGCUUCGCAGCCGGAGCCGCCUCUCAGCCCACUGAAGUUUUCUCCACGAAGUCCGGAUUCUCCGCUCUUCUUCAGAAGGGCACCAGACGGAGAUGGGAAGCUUAGGCGUCCUAAGAGCCGUCCUUCCUGCUUCCACCCCGUCCUGAUUCGCCAUUCAUCCAUAGCUUUCAGGACUCGAGUUCUUUCGUCAGCUGGGGUGAACCCACGCAGGGCUGGAGCGGGGAAUGGAACGUAGAUAAUAUGCAGGAUGUCAUCAAGAUGCUACGGAACCUACGAUGAACGUGGUGAUGCUGUGAUUUUUUUCCCUUGGGAUUUUGUACAUGCUCAAUACACGAUGUUGUAACGUUCAUA